AUUACACCUUUUGUAUAAAUCAUACGAGUGCAAGAAUGACCUUGACAUAACGGAAGCUCUAUAUUAAACUUUAUUAAGAAUCGCUCUUACAACAGCGUUUUAGGAACUUAGAUUUUAAUAUAAAUAUAAAAGGUAAAAACGGAACUCUAAGGCUCUGUCGUAUUUAUUCGUAAGAUUUUCUCGUAUGAUAUUAUUUAUGUUGCGAUUAUACUUAACAACCAUAGAAAAUCUAAACCAAGCAAACAACACAUAAAUAUUUUUAUAAAUUUAUUUUUCUAAAGCCUAUUUCUCACUCGCGGGCCUUACUUUGUUAUAAUUCAAUAUUUUGCGAAUAGAUUUUUUUCAGAACGAGGGUCGCCAGUUCUUUAAAAGGGCAUGAGUUUAACUGAAUCAAACAACUCUCCAUAAAACAAAUCACAAAUCACAUUUUCUAAUAACAGAAACAAAUAGAAUACUUAGUAGGGGCUAAAGGACGCCACCUGUUCCCCACGCAUGCGCCUUGAAGGGGCAUCACAAAAUGAUCCUUUGUUCAUAAGGGUGGACUCCGCGAGACAGACCAACCGCCCCGACACUUUAAGUAACAUUCGAGAAAGUCAACAAACCGGUACAAAAUAAGCGGCAUUCCUUAUCUAGUCUACGUACUUCAACGAAAAUGUUAUUACAGUUCCCCUAGAACAUAGAAUAGUGUGGGAAAGAGACAAACAGUCUGAAACACUUUGAUUUGAAAAGAGAAAGAAGAUAAAAAAGAACAAUGGACACGAAAAACGACGGACGUUCGGAUGACAUCGAACUUAGCGCGCAAGGGACAAGCAACAAAACUAGCGAAGUGGCAACAAAAUCAGAUCUUCCGGAAAGAGGCUCAUGGGGCAGCAAGCUGGACUUCAUCCUCUCCGUCAUCGGUCUAGCCAUCGGUCUCGGCAACGUCUGGCGUUUCCCCUACCUCUGCUACAAGAAUGGAGGUGGCGCCUUCCUCAUCCCUUACUUCCUGACGCUGUUCCUAGCUGGUAUCCCUAUGUUCUUCAUGGAGUUGGCCAUGGGACAGAUGCUGACCAUCGGUGGAUUGGGAGUGUUUAAGAUUGCACCUAUAUUCAAAGGUAUCGGCUACGCGGCUGCAGUGAUGUCCUGCUGGAUGAAUGUGUACUACAUAGUCAUCCUAGCGUGGGCCAUCUUCUACUUCUUUAUGUCUAUGAGAUCAGACGUGCCAUGGCGAAACUGCGACAACUAUUGGAACACAGCGACUUGCGUGAACCCCUACGAUCGAAAGAAUUUGACCUGUUGGUCUACCAUGGACAUGACCACCUUCUGCACCCUCAACGGAAAGAACAUCAGCAAAGCUGUCCUGUCAGACCCUGUCAAGGAAUUCUGGGAGCGUCGUGCUCUCCAAAUCUCAAGCGGCAUUGAGCACAUCGGCAACAUCCGCUGGGAGCUGGCCGGGACCCUGCUGUUGGUCUGGGUUCUCUGCUACUUCUGCAUCUGGAAGGGCGUCAGGUGGACCGGCAAGGUCGUCUACUUCACCGCGCUGUUCCCAUACUUCUUAUUGACUGUGCUUUUGAUCCGAGGAAUCACGUUACCGGGAGCGAUGCAGGGCAUCAAGUUCUACGUGAUGCCGAACAUGUCCAAACUGAUGGAGUCAGAAGUAUGGAUCGACGCCGUCACGCAAAUCUUCUUCUCAUACGGCCUGGGAUUGGGAACUCUUGUCGCUCUGGGAAGCUACAACAAGUUUACUAACAAUGUGUAUAAGGAUGCCUUAAUAGUGUGUACUGUAAACUCAAGUACUUCGAUGUUCGCCGGUUUUGUGAUAUUCUCUGUGGUCGGGUUCAUGGCGCACGAGCAGCAGCGACCAGUUGCUGAAGUGGCUGCUUCAGGUCCUGGUUUAGCCUUCUUGGCAUACCCAUCAGCGGUUCUCCAGCUUCCAGGCGCUCCGUUAUGGUCAUGUCUCUUCUUCUUUAUGUUACUGCUCAUCGGUCUGGACAGCCAGUUCUGCACCAUGGAAGGGUUCAUCACGGCCGUCAUUGACGAGUGGCCCAAACUCCUCAGGAGGAGGAAGGAGAUCUUCAUCGCUAUUACCUGUGUCAUCUCGUAUUUGGUUGGAUUGUCGUGUAUUUCUGAGGGUGGUAUGUACGUCUUCCAAAUCCUCGACUCGUAUGCUGUCUCCGGCUUCUGUCUGCUGUUCCUGAUCUUCUUCGAGUGCGUCUCCAUAUCCUGGGCGUUCGGUGUGAACCGCUUCUACGAUGGUAUCAAGGAGAUGAUUGGCUACUACCCUACUAUCUGGUGGAAGUUCUGCUGGGUCGGAUUUACGCCUGCUAUCUGCAUUAGCGUGUUCAUCUUCAACUUGGUGCAAUGGAAGCCGAUUAAAUACAUGAACUACGAGUACCCCUGGUGGUCACACGCCUUCGGAUGGUUCACCGCUCUGUCCUCCAUGCUGUGCAUCCCUGGAUACAUGGUGUACCUGUGGAGAGUCACUCCUGGGACUUGGCAGGAGAAAUUCAACAAGAUCGUUCGCAUUCCUGAGGACGUGCCGUCUUUGAGGACCAAGAUGCAGGCUGAGGAGCAGGCGAAGCAUGGAUGCAAGGCCUAAGCCAUCAACACUUAAUAUUGAGAUCUCAGACAAAUGGGAUUUACAAAACCGAUUCACAUUUGAUUUAAUUCAAUACACAAAUUGCUUACAUAAAUCAAAAUAAAAAAAUACUAGAAACGUAUGAAAUUAUUAAAAAAACAACUUGCUUUCUAAGUUUCAAUUAUCAAAAGGAAAAAUAAAUGACGAUAAAAAAUAAAAUUAUAAAAACGCACAACAAAAUUUAUAAUUACUCAAACAUUUAUGUGCCAAAUAUAAACUGUGCCAUAUACUCGCAAAUUAUAAUUAUAUAAAUGAUAUUAUAAUUACAGAAUAUACGUAAAAUGUAGUCGUAUUUAAAUUAUAUUAAACCGCAUAUUAUUUAGUUUUUAGAAUAAUUUGAUGACUUUCUGUUUGCCGUGUGUCGACA